AUGGUCCUCAAAUACAGCUUGACGCCCGAGGCCUUCCUCAGCGCGCCGCGGCGUGGCGCUGCUGUUCCGACUCUCGAUGGCAAGCUCGGCUUCUUUACCACAUCGACGCAUACCUUUGGCGAGGGCACAAAGAAAGAAGUCAACAUCAUUGACCUCUCGAAUGGCGAUACCUGGACCAUCUCUGACGGUGACAAGCUUCAUGACAUCAAUUGGCUUCCUUUCAAGGACCAGCACGCCCUCCUCUGGCUGCGGUCUGCCGACAAGGGCGAGACGGAGAUAGUUGUCACGCCUGAUGUUGGUGCAAAGGCAAACACCUCUGCAGAAUCACAGUCCUACGUUGCCGGAACGCUCCCUGGGCCUGUCGAGGCGUUGAAGCUUGUGAGCCUUAAAGAUGGAACUCUCGCCUUUGCCUGUGUUGGGCUUGCAGGCGAGGACGGCGAGUUGUACAACGAAGAGGCUGUCGAAAAGAAGGCUAGCAGUGGCUUGAUUUACGACACACUGCAUGUUCGCGAGUGGGAUUCAUACGUCAAACCACAGAAGAAUUCAAUCUUCUUCUCGACGCUUGUAGUAAAGGACGACAAAUGGGCUGUGGAUGCCCCUUUGAAGAACGCGCUGGCGGGCACGGACAUGGAAGCCCCUGAUAAUGUCUACGAGCCAGAAGAUACCGAGGACUACUACGAUAUUGGCCCCAAGGGCAUCACCUUCGCGGCCAAGGACCACACUCUCAGGUCAGCCGAUGACUUUGGCAGCAACAAUCUCUACUUUGUGCCUCUAGACUCUUUCUCCCAGGCGUCCAUGAGCAAACCCACCAAGAUUCUCUUGCGGCAGGAGCAUACGCCCGGCAUCUUUUCGAAUCUUCGUUUCUCGCCCGAUGGGGACAUGCUGUGCUUCCUUCAUGCGACGCUCGAGCGCCCUGCCGACGUCCGACUGCACAUGACGUUUGUCGAGAACCCCGACGCGCAAGGCUCGACGGUGGGGACACUCGACGUCUUUGAGUUUAUCAUCCAGGAGAAAUGGUCACUCGUGCCUUCGAGUUUCGCAUUCGGCCUCUCUGGCCAGUCUCUCUUCAUCGCGGCCGGCGAUUGCGGAAGAGAGUCACUGUUCCACGUCGAGAUGAAGAACAAGGCCAAGCCGCUCAAGCUCACUGACCACGGAUCUGUGUCUGCCUACUACCCGGUCCUCAACCCACCCCGAGGCAAAGAGGGAGUCCUGGUGUCCGGAUCCAGCUUGACGGAACCAAGCUGGUACGAGAUGAUUGGCAUUGGUGGUCACGCCGAGGACAAGAUGAUCUUCUCCAUCCCGACCAAGCGUCUGGACCCCAACUUCGGCCUCAGCCGGUCUCAGGUAUCCGAGAUCUACUUCGAGGGCGACGGCGACUAUGUUGUGCAAGCCUGGGUGGUCAAGCCCAGCAAGUUCAACGACGAUAAGCAAUACCCCAUGGUGCUCAUGAUCCACGGUGGACCUGCUUCCGCUUGGCUAGACUCGUGGCAUGCAAGGUGGAAUGCGAUGGUCUGGGCAGAGCAAGGCUAUGUUGUUGUGCUUCCUAAUAUUUCGGGAAGCACAACCUUUGGCAUUGAGCAUGCCGCAAGAAUUUACGGCAGCUGGGGCGGAUAUCCGUACGAGGAUCUUGUCAGCUGCAUGGAAUAUCUGAAGAAUAUCCCGUACAUUGACACAGACAGAGCAAUUGCCGCUGGCGGUAGUUAUGGCGGAUACAUGAUCAACUGGAUCAACGGCCACGCGCUGGGCCGAAGGUUCAGAGCAACAGUCUGCCACGACUCGGUCUUUACGACUCCCAACAUAACCUUGUUCUCGGACGAGUCGAGCGGCCUGGCCGACUUCAAGGGCAACGGGUUCCCCUGGGCCAACUUCAAGGAGCUCAGCAAGUGGGAUCCUUCUCGCCCGGAGCUGCUGAGGAACUGGAAGCACGCGUCGCCGACGCUGGUGAUACACAGCGACAAGGACUACCGGUGCGCCAUCACCGAGGGCCUGGCUACCUUCCGGACCCUGCAGCUGAUGGGGGUGCCGAGCCGGUUCCUGACGUUCCCGGACGAGAAUCACUUUGUGCAGAAGCCGGACAACUCGCUCCUGUGGCACAAGACCAUCUUUGACUGGAUCAACAAGUACUCGGGUGUCGCAGCGGAGAGGGAAAAGGGGACAGCCAGCCAGGUGACGGAACAGCUGGUCGACUUGAGUCUGUGA